UGAUUGGGUGGAGCCUAAGCCAGUAUAAUAAUUCAUGGAAAGUAAACUUGUAAUGGUGUGUGUGUGUGUGUGGAUUACCAUAACUGAUGUUUUAUAAUCAUGAUGAGAUGAAUACAAAGAUAAAUAAAAACUAGACAAAAAGAACUAAACUCAAAAAUAAGGACCCAUUUGGAAGGUGUCAUAGUGGGUUGAGGGACCUGUUAUUAAAUUAUACACAGUCUGACUCCAGUCUGCUGCCUGAUAUCAACUGGGAACCCUGGAGCUUAUCCAAGGCCAGAAUACACACACAUGAAGCGUUGUGUGUUUAUGUAAAGGGGAGGAAAAAAAACCCUCAGUAGAUAUUGUUGGUGAUGGAAGACGGUGAGGUGACGGCUCUGGGGCGAGCCAGCUCUCUCCGCCCUCUCGGCUCAUCCAGCCCGUAUUUCUGGUUAUGCGCUGUUGCGUGCGUAUUUUCCAGCCCAGCCUGCAGAGCUCGCCUUGCAAGAUGGCCGCGGGUGAGAGCGACACCAGCCGCUCCGCUUGUCUGAACCCGCCCAACGCGGGCUCGCUGGGCAACGCUCGGCCAAGCAACAGCGCUCACUCGGCGGUGCCCGUCGGCGGCAUGGGCCCGGGCUCAGCGGCGGGGUCCGCGGGGAACGACGAUCCCCAGGCGCAGGGCCUUGUACGCGACGCCGCCGCCGCCGACGCGCUCACGUCCGCGGGCACAGGGAGCGCGCAGAAUCCUCCGCGGCACUCGGCGCCGCACAACGCAGCGAGCAGGGACGCGCCACCGCGCGCCGCCUCCAAUAUGAACGCGGCGGCCACGUCGGCGUCCGGCGCGGCGGCGGCGGCGGCGUCUUCAUCCUCAUCCUCAUCAUCCUCGUCCUCCUCCUCCUCCUCUUCUUCUUCUUCUUCUUCAUCAUCAUCAUCCUCUUCAUCUGCGGGCGCGUCCGCAGUCUCGGCCUCUGUCCCCGGCAGCCCAGCCUCAGUGCUCGUGUACCGUGAACCCGUUUACAACUGGCAGGCGACGAAAAGCACGGUGAAAGAAAGGUUCGCGUUUCUGUUCAACAACGAGGUGCUGAGCGACGUCCAUUUUUUGGUGGGGAAGGGGAUGGGAGUGCAGCGCAUUCCUGCGCACAGAUUUGCCCUGGCCGUCGGGAGCGCGGUGUUCGAUGCCAUGUUUAACGGCGGCAUGGCCACAACAUCCACCGAGAUCGAGCUGCCCGACGUGGAACCUGCAGCGUUUCUGGCCCUCCUCAAGUUUCUGUACUCCGAUGAGGUACAAAUUGGGCCAGAGACAGUAAUGACCACAUUAUACACCGCCAAAAAAUAUGCCGUUCCUGCACUUGAAGCUCAUUGUGUCGAGUUUCUGAAGAAGAACCUGCGAGCUGACAAUGCGUUUAUGUUGCUUACCCAGGCACGGCUUUUUGACGAGCCACAGCUUGCCAGCCUCUGCCUGGAGAACAUAGACAAGAACACGGCGGAUGCGCUCGCUGCUGAGGGCUUCACCGACAUUGACCUCGAUACGCUGGUGGCCGUGUUGGAGAGGGACACGCUCGGGGUGCGGGAGGUUCAUCUGUUCGGGGCAGCGGUGCGUUGGGCCGAGGCCGAGGCUCACAGGCAGCAGCUGCAGCCCACACCAGAGAACAAGAGGCGAGUGCUGGGUAAAGCCCUCGGCCUCAUCCGCUUCCCACUCAUGACCAUAGAAGAGUUUGCAGCAGGUCCAGCUCAGUCAGGCAUACUGACAGACCGCGAGGUGGUCAGCUUGUUCCUGCACUUCACCGUUAACCCCAAACCUCACGUGGAGUUUAUCGACCGGCCGCGAUGUUGUCUGCGAGGGAAGGAGUGCAGCAUCACACGCUUCGGCCACGUGGAGAGCCGCUGGGGAUACAGCGGGACCAGCGACCGUAUCCGGUUUUCUGUCAAUCGGAGGAUAUUUGUGGUGGGAUUUGGACUUUACGGCUCCAUACAUGGUCCAACCGACUAUCAAGUCAACAUCCAGGAAGGACGUGUUUUUAGGAAAAUAAAGGCAUGGAGUUAUUAUUCUCUAAAAACCUGCCAACCAAAGUGAGCAUGUAAAAAAGUGUGAAUAUGAUGUGUGAGCACCAUCGUUCUCCUGCACUGCCUUAAUGCUCCUGGGUAUGGAAUUCACCAGAGCUGCACAGGUUGUUGCUGGGAUCCUCUUCCACUCCUCCAUAAUGACAUCACAGAGCUACUGGAUGUUAGACACAUGGCGCUUCUCCAACUUCCACUUAUGGAUCCCCACAGGUGCUCAACAGGAUUCAGGUCUGGAGACAUACUUGGCCACUCCAUCACCUUCAUCUUCACCUUCUUUCGCGAGGCAGUUGUCUUCUAGGUGGUGUGUUUGGGAUCGAUAUUAUGCUGGAAAACUGCAGUUUCCAAAGGAAGAGCAUCAUGUUCUGCUUCAGAACGUCACAGUACAUGUUGGAAUCCAUGUUUCCCUCAAUGAACUGCAGCACCCCAGUACCAGCAGUACCAGACCAUGAUGCUGCCACCACCAUGCUUGACUUUAGACAAGACAGAAUUCUCUUGGCUUGUCUUAUCAGGGUGUCACCACACAUGCUGGACACCAUCUGAUCCAAACAAGUUUAUCUCAGUCUCAUCAGACCACAGAACAUGGUUCCAGUAAUUCAUGCUCUUGGACAGGUUGUUCUUCAGCAAACUGUUUGAGGGUUUUCUUGUGAGCAGCUUCAGAAGAGGCUCCUUCUUGGAAGACGGCCUGCAAACCGACGUUUUGCAGCUUUUGCAACCUCAAUGCUGCAGCACUCAUGCAUUUGUUUUUUUUUGUAGCAGCUUCUGCACCUGAUGCACAGCACGAAGACUCAACAUUUUUUGAUGGACCCUAGCGAGGCCUGUUCCAAUGGAACGUGUCUUGGAAAACCUCUAUAUUACCGUGGCCACUGCACUGUAACUCGGUUUUGGGUGUUACUGAUCUUCUCACAGCCUCAGCAUCUUUGUGAAGAUCAACAAUUCUAAUUCUCAAAUACUCAGAGAGUCUUUAACAUAAGUUGCCAGGUUGAACACCCAGUGGUCAGUAUGAGAGAAUUGUACUCAAAGCACCAAAUUCUAACUGCUCUAAUAAAAGAUACACAAAUUUGUAUGGUCCUGACAAGCAGACAAAAACAUGAACA